GCAUAACAACUCAGCAUUGAUUUCAUCUUUUUUGAUCCUAUUUCAAACACUGCCACGAUGAAUCCAUUCACAGGCACCAGCAGCAGAGGCGGCUUUGCUCCACGGAGAGGGCAAGGCCGAGGCGGUAGAUAUCCACAUUUCAAUAAGCCCAGGGAACAACAGAAGCCUGAUCUUACGAAACACCCUCUUGGAGAUCUCGUCGAGACGAUCAGCGCGUCAAACCUUGACGUGGGAGCGAACACUACCUCACACUCUACCGAGAUAUCUGGAUGCGAGUACGUUGCAUCCUACAACUGGACAAACGACAAAAAUCCUACUAUCAUCGUACCAGGCAAACCCCCACAAUGGACGCCUCUCGCAGAACCACAACGCCUCAAAGAAGACAACGGCCAAUACUUCCGCGACCUAAACGCCGCAAAGGAUUCUUCCUACCCCAUCGCACCCGCCGUCCAUGCCGUGUUCGAACAAAACUACUACUACCGCACUGACGACAUCGACAUCUUCGCCUGCGGCAGCACACUAGGAAACCUCCUCCGCUUCGCCCGUGGCAUUGACAAACCUUUCCGCUUCAACCUCCAAGUAAUCAACCACACCGUCUUCCUCAUCCGCAAAGAAAACGACCCCAAGCAACUCAUCGAAGGCGUCCGAGGCUACGGCCACACCUUCCCCGAAGCCUACACCACCUGGAACGACCCCAAAAACUCCAUCUCCCACCAACGCAUCAUCCGCUACAAAUUCGGCGGCCUAACCCAUCUCCUCCGCUUCGAAAGCGACGGCUACAUCCCCGAACCUUCCCCUGAAGAAACCACUCCACCUCCUCGCUCCGACUCCGACUCCGACAACAACGACGACUCUAACAACAAAAACGAUGACGACAACAACAACUACGAAAAAGAUCUCAUCCUCUCCUUCCAAGACUUCAUCAUCCCCUCCCGCCCCAGCACCCCCAAACUCACCAUCAAAACCCCUCAAACCACCAAACCCUCCUCCUCCUCCUACUCCACCACAAUCCCUCAAACCGCCCUCUUCGACCUCAAAACCCGCUCCGCCAAACACGGCAAGAAAAUAGACAUGACCGACAUCUACCCGCAACUCUGGCUCAAACGCAUCCCAAACUUCAUAACCGCAUACCACGAUGGCGCCGGCUUAUUCACCGACAUAUCCGUCCAAAACAUCGAAUCCGAAGUCAAAGCUUGGGCCACCGAAAACGACGCCGGGAUUAAGAAAUUCGCGAGGCUGCUGAGGGAGCUGGUCAGGAUUGCGCGGGAGAAUAGUCCCGUUGGUGCUAAUACGUUGCUGGAGGUUUAUUGUCCGGGGAAGGAAAGGUUGGAGGUGAGGAUGCAGUUUGGGGAGGGAUCGGAGGCAUUGCCGUGGUAUUUGAGGGAGAGGUGGGAGGAUAAUUGGACAAAUUGGGGUGUUAGUCGGGCGGAUUCUCCGGUUAAUCAUGGACUCGGUCAUGGUGAUGAUGGGGGUUUUGGGUUGAGCAGGAGGUAUAAUUCAUACUAUGGGAGCGAGUAUGAUUCGGGAUCUGAGCCGGAUUAUACUGCAUGCUCGGCUGACGACUGUGGGUAUUGUGGUAAGUGUUCUUAUUGAGGUUGGCAGUAGUCUGCAGUGCUAUCUCUCACUCUAGACUUGAUAACAUCAAAGUCACGUUUCUCACAUACGCGGUUGGGAAUUCGCAGUGUCCAUCAAAAUCGUCGCAUUGCUGUAGUUAGUCAUGGAUACCAAAUACUCUAUGAAUUUGCACGAUAUAUGUCCCAAAUGCCAAUCAAGUUCUGGG